GACUCCACUCAUUUCAUCAAAGAGACUACCAGAGAUAGAGCAACCUCCUUAUGUACAUGCUAAACAGGAAACUGAACAAGCCUGGAUUUCAAGAAGAGAAAGAUGUUUUAUCACAGUCUUCAAGAGGAAUGUGUCAGGAAUUGGACGCAUGUCAGAGAGAAAUUACAGAAGUUGCUUCUUUGGUUGAUUUAUCCGAUUACUUGGAAUUAUUGUAUGAAGAUAUACCAGAGAAGGUUCAAGGGACUGGAAUGAUAUUACAAUUAGCUAGAAACCCUGACAAUCUACUGGAGCUAGGAUCCAAUGAGUCAUUGUUCUUGGCUUUGACUAGAGUACUGAGAGACGACUGGCGUAAAAGCAUUGAACUCUCUUCUAACAUAAUUUACAUUUUCUUUUGCUUUUCGACUUUCUCUGACUUUCAUGGGGUCCUCAUACACCACAAAGUUGGUUCAUUGUGUAUGGCUGUAGUAGAACAUGAGGUGAAUAGACACGAGACACUAGUGGAAGAUGCUGAGAAUAAAAGGAAAGGAGCUCGUACUACUAGCAGUGGGAAAUUGGAAUAUGAAAAAGCAAAGAAGAGGCUACAAACAAUUGAGAAAAGACAAGAUAUCCUUUUAAGAGUUUCUUUGUAUUUAUUGUACAAUUUGGCUGAAUUGCCGGCGAUUGAACAGAAGAUGAAAAAUAAAGGGAUUGUGUCUUACCUAACUAGGCUUUUAUCACGUUCUAACGAAGAGCUGAUAAUUUUGAUUGUUUCUUUUCUUAAAAAGCUAAGCAUUUAUGGAGAAAAUAAAGACGAAAUGGCAAAAGAAAAGAUUCUAAAACGUUUGCUGCAGCUAAUUCCAAGCAAGAAUGAGGUCCUUAUGAAUGUUGCCAUUCACUUGCUACUGAAUUUGUCAUUUGAUCCAAGUUUGAGAGAAGAAAUGAUUACUUUAGGCUAUCUGCCUAAACUAGUGGCUCAACUAAGUUAGUAUAAGCACAUUAAU